AUGAUGCCUCAAAGCAUCUCUAACAUCAAUGGCCAACUCCCUAUAUUCCGUGGCCUCACAGCCCGAAGCAUCCCGGAAAAUCCAGACGUCCAGCGAGAGACCUUGCGCUUGCUGCUGCAAUUUUCAGCUUGCUCUUCGCAAUCUAGAAGCUCAGAGCUAAAACCUCUUUUCAACACUAAGGCGAGAGAUGUACGGCAGCGUGAAGCUUCACAAAGCGAAGGCCCACAGAGCUCCUCACAAAGCACAUUCGCAUCUCAACCCAGGGUCGCUCCUUCCCAAAAUGGGACACCCAUCGCUCCUUCCCAUACGCAGGUCGCUCCUUCCUCAGACAUCCCCCAGGACUGGGACAGUCGCGAGACGCGUUCAAAACCGAGGAAACUAGUUGCGAUCCCAAAUGCAAAUAAGAACGAUGUGUUGGAGAUACCCUCGUCUCAAACUCCGCCUCUCCCUGAUCCCUUCCCUAUCGUGUGCCCAGACUCAGAACAGUCUCUCUCCCGAUCAGCUUCUCCAAUGGAUCAGCUCUCGGUUCGUCGCUCUGGUCGCACGAGAGCCCAGCCGGCCAAUUACUACGCGCGCAUUCGAAUUGGCUCUGAAGAGCCGCCUGAGACAAAUCGUGGCACACCAAGGCCAACUGACACGCUUUCAAAACCGCCUCCACAACAGCCGAGUCGCAUUGUGCCACGUCGCACGAAUACCCAAAAGCUUCUCUUUGGUCGGGAGCUGGGAAGACAACGUCCUAUUGACGUUGAUAUGAUCUCGGAUCUACGGCCAUGGAAGACGUGGAAUGGGGCUUCCAAAGAUCUUCUUGUCUUGGCCUGGUCUCCUGAUGGCACCCAAUUCGCGGCAGGAUCCGCUGCUGAUGUGGACGAACAUAAUAUGCAGUACAAUAAAAGGAACAACCUUGUCCUAGGCAAUCUUCAAACCAGUCGUUUGAAGGAACUCCCGGACCACUGCAUCCCCCGCCCAACAUUCUCACCUGUGAAUGAUCCAUAUCUGUUUAUGAGCGUCACUGCUAUGCAGUGGGUGGGAAGCAAGCUCUUCACCGCCAGCUGGGAUAAGACUGUCAAGAUCUGGGAUACUUCGCGCCCGAGGACUCCCUGUAUCCAGACUUUACAACAUGACUCUCGAGUUGAAGUUAUGUCUGUCUCAAAUAUCGGUCCUGGCAUCCUAGCAACUGGAACAAAAUCCAUCCUACUUUGGGAUACCCGGGAUCCCACAGAUGUCACAUCGACGGCCCUUCCGUUUGAUCGGGAUUCUCGAUACAAUUCAGAUGCUGAUUUCACAUCAACUGUCCUAGCUUGGGGACAUACUCCCUCCACAAAGCAAUUUUUAGCCGGAGGUAUGGCUGAUCUUAGUGAGGAAGUAAGCUACAAGGGACACUUGGGCUUAUGGCAAGCUCGUGAAUCAUGUUUCGAGCCCCUCCGAACCUCAUAUUCACAAAAUGUCUUUGAUAUCAAGUGGCAUUCUUCAUUGCCACAAUUUGCAACAGCUAGCCCUGUAAGUGCACACAAUGCACGGAUGAAAGGGAUUGGAACCAGUAUCAAAUCCAUUGUGCGCGUAUUCAGUCUGGAUUGUGAUUUUUCGAAGCGUGUGCCAGCUGUUAUGGAAUUUUCCUGUCCGGCGCUCGAUGUUAACGAGGUGACCUUUUGUCCGACAGAUGCGACUGGCACUUACGUCACAGCUAGCUGCACAGACGGUGUGACAUAUGUGUGGGAUAGUCGCAAGGGGGAUCAAAUUCUUCAUCAGCUCCGUCACGGAGAGCCCGUUGUCCCGAUUGAUCACGAAAGAAGUCGAGAUCUAGCGGACGUCGGUGUGAGGGUGGCUUUAUGGGGUGCCUCGGUGGACCAAUUUUACACUGGCGCCUCAGAUGGCGUGCUUAAACGAUGGGAUAUCCGCCGCUCACCUGAGGAUGUUCUUCUUGAGAAUACAGCCUCUUUCGACACAGGGAUUAUGUGCGCCGAAUUCUCGCAUGACAAAUCUCAUAUUCUCGUGGGGGAUUCCGGAACAGGGAUUCAUGUGCUGUCCUCAGGACCUUGCGGUGACCCUGAAAUCACCGAUUUCAAAUUCGAGGCUGCCCCAUAUCCCCCAGAGGAACAAAUAAACGGCGCCGAAGUUGCCAACGAUCUCAUAUCGUCUGGUCAGCUUGUGCGACAUGAUCUAUUUGGUGUGGGCCAAGGUCCCGCCUACAUUGGACCUUUUGCCUCGUGGGCCCGCCAGCUCGAAGACAACACACCCUAUACCCAGCUCGGCAAUGUCCCGUUACUUCAAAAGUACCAAGACCAACAGCUCGAUGGUCCGCCAGUUCAAGACCGUCCCACCCUUGAUGCGAAUCAACGUUGUGAGAUCCUCAAUCAAAUCAAGAAUGCUCAGGUUCGAAAUGGGAGAUGCACUUCUUUGCCAGUCCGUGUCAGCACCGAAAGCUCCGCCGAUCGUCGUUAUCGGGCAAGCCGCUCGCCUGUGUCUUCUCCGAAUCUUUCUCUGUCGAGUAAGAGAAAGAGGAGCCAGAGAAAAGAUCAUGGCCCUCGCAGAAAGAAAAAGAGAUCUAUUUUAGAGCUAUUGAUUACGAAUACCGAAAGCGUUGAUUUGACUCUCGACUCGGAUGGUGAGACAGCUAGUGAGAGCUUGGAUUUGAGUCUCUCACUAUCACCGCCCAGAUUCAACCUUGCCGAACUCGAGGAGGCCCUCGAAGAAGAUCAUUGGUGGCCGGGUAGUGGGACUUAUGAUCCUAAUAUUCAGCAGGAGACAGUCUAG